GCCCAUUUUUGUCUCACCUGCAUAGCAGAGUGAGACUAUAGGCGCCGCUUUUCCGACGGCGGCGUCAACACCAAAUCUUAACCUGAGGUUAAGUUUUUGAAAUGACAGCAUAACUUAGAAAGUAUAUGGACCUAGUUCAUGAAACUUGGCCAUAAGGUUAAUCAAGUAUUACUGAACAUCCUGCCUGAGUUUCAUGUCACAUGACCAAGGUCAAAGGUCAUUUAGGGUCAAUGAACUUAGACCAUGUUGGGGGAAUCAACAUCAAAAUCUUAACCUAAGGUUAAGUUUUUGAAAUGUCAUCAUAACUUAGAAAAUAUAUGGACCUAGUUCAUGAAACUUAUACAUAAGGUUAAUCAAGUAUCACUGAACAUCCUGCAUGAGUUUCACAUCACAUGACCAAGGUCAAAGGUCAUUUAGGGUCAAUGAACUUUGGCCGAAUUGGGGGUAUCUGUUGAAUUACCAUCAUAACUUUGAAAGUUUAUGGAUCUGAUUCAUGAAACUUGGACAUAAUAGUAAUCAAGUAUUACUGAACAUCCUGUGCAAGUUUCAGGUCACAUGAUCAAGGUCAAAGGUCAUUUAGGGUCAAUGAACUUUGGCCAAAUUGGGGUAUUUGUUGAAUUACAGCCAUAAAUUUGAAAGUGUGUUGGUCUAGUUCAUAAAACUUGGACAUAAUAGUAAUCAAGUAUCACUGAACAUCCUGUGCGAGUUUCAGGUCACAUGAUCAAGGUCAAAGGUCAUGUAAGGUCAAAGAACUUUGGCCACGUUGGGGGUAUUUGUUGAAUUGCCAUCAUAUCUCUAUAAGUGUAUUGGUCUAGUUCAUAAAACGUGGAAAUAAGAGUAACCAAGUAUCACUGAACAUCUUGUGCGAGUUAUAGUAAUUUUCAAAAUCAGCACUGCUGCUAUAUUGAAUCGCGUGAUGCAGGUGAGACGGCCAGAGGCAUUCCACUUGUUAAGGCAUUUACAGCUAUUUUUAGAUCAAUGUCAAGGUCAAAAUAUACAUAUUUUACUUUAUGUAUUAUUUGUAGCUUAAAAUUGAACAAGAAAGGAACAUGAUUUGCAAUUAUCAGCUAAAAGUCACAAUUAGUAUUGAAAUGAGACAAAAGUGAAAGUUGGUGUAAACAACCUAUAAUGGGAUAUUGGCAGAUUAUUAAUUUUUUGUAUAAAUUUCAGCUGUAUUUUCAAGGUCAUUGUCAUGUAAGAACAAUUAAUUAAUACUAUAUCUUCCAAGUACUCAUUAUGGACUACCUAUACUGCAAAUAUCCAUAUGAUCAGGCAUUCAGUCUGAGAAAAAAAUAAUUUUCAAAUGUGUUGUAAAGCUCACAUGUGUUGUGAAUAUGCUAAUGUUUGGGCAUUUAUAGCUAUUUUUAGAUCAAUGUCAAGGUCAAAAGAUAAAGAUAUGACUAUGUAUUAUUUGGAGCCUAAAAUAGAACCAGAAAGGAGCAUGAUUUGCAAUUAUCAGCUUACAGUCACCAUUAGUAUUGAAAUGACACACAAGUGAAAGUGGGUGUAAACACAUUUUAAUGCCCUAUCAUUACGGAAAAUUGACCCGAUUUAUUGUUUUUGAUGAUUUUCAGCUGUGUUUUUCAAGGUCAUUGCAAAUAAGACAAACUAUUUGUGAUGCAUAUCCUUUUAGUACUAAUUACAGACUACCAUUACAGACAAUACCAGUGAUUGCACCCUUUUCAUUUUUUUGAAAUGUGCUGAAAACUUGUAUGUGUCGUUUUACAUAGAUUUUGGGGUGUUUACGACCAUUGUCGAAUGCGUAAACCAGCUAUUAAACAUUUCGGUCACAAAAAUUUUUAAGUAUCCCAUGAAAAUAUAGGUAAGUGUCUAUCAGUAUACAGAAAUUGGGGGCGCACCUGGAUGGGACGAGGGGUGAUUCGUGACCUUGAACUUGGCAACUUUUAGAAAAAAUCAAACUUUGAGGGCGCCCUACAAGAAAUCGACGUGCAUGGUAGGGCCAAUUUUUUGUAGGUCUGUUGAGCAAGUCAUAGUCUUCAAAUAUGCAUAAUAUUGGGUUCUAAUCUAAUUGAAUUUGGAAGUUAUGAGCCUCCAAACAUGCACCCAAAAACAUUGACUUGGACGCUUAACACCAUUUUCACCAUUAACACCAUUUUCGGCGACCUUGUGCGCAAUAACGGCUGGUCAGGUCCACGUCAUAUUAUAUUGUGUGUGUUACGACUAUAAAGUUCUUCCAAUUUACAGAAAAUUAGAACACUGCAUCAUCAAACUUGGCUCCAGCAGUCAAUCAAAAUUAGCUAAUUUUUUAAAAACUUUAUUGUUUGGCCACGCAUUGGUUGCUAAGGGAGGCCAUAUCCUAGCAACCGUUUGACCUUUGGGCAAAAUAUUGCAGUUUUUUCCGUCAGACACUUGGGGGAACAUUUGGUGCGAGUUUAAAGAAAAUCGAAGGGGGUCGGGUGACAAGCAUUGGUUGAUUUGAUACGGAUUGACCCAAUAAGCCUAAUUUCAUAUAAUAAAAUACAAAAGAACAAGUGGGGAUAUGACAUCCUCAGCCCACCUAAUGAAUAUUCAUAAAGACCUGCCUAGAACUGUUUCACCGGAUUAAUGCAAAUCUUUUAUAAAAUUCAAUAACUUUGUUAUUUUUUAUCCAAUUUUUUAUCAUAUUUUCAGCAUUUUGCUCUGAAUUUUACUCUAUUUAUUGAAUUAUAAAUACAUGUAUCUUCAGCCUGGAGCAUCCCUUUAACAAAGUCAUGGAGGAUUUGAAUGGGAAUGAGGACAAAAAGUAUGUUUCUGCUUUACUCAACUGUCUCUGGAAAUGAUUCUGCACCAGCUUGUUUAUAUGUACUGUAUGCCUAGUUUGAAGAGUAUUUUGUUAAACUUUUAUCCACAAUAUAGGUUUGAUUCGGAUCUCUUUUUUUCUAUGCUCUGAUAAAGUGCACUUAGGAUUCUGUCUGUGAUAUUAAUUCAUUCCGUCAUCAACACAUGGCAACAAUCACUAUGGAUGCCGAAGAAUGUACUGCCUGAUAAAUGAACCAACAAAGCCUUGACCCAAUGAUUGGUUGAUAAAAAAUAAUGAAAUGGUAAAAACACAUUUGAUCUCAAAGACUAUACCGCCACCAUUGUUGAUGCAGAGUCAGUGCUGUCGAUCAUAUUUUAGGUAGCCCUCAUCAGGCGGCGAUCAUUUCCAGGGUGAUGGAAACAACUUUAUUUGUAAAUACAAAGGAGAGGUGAUAAAGCACGAAUGGCCUGGAAGGUGCAAAACACCUGCUCCUGAAGGUACAAUGCAUCAUGAAUGGGAAGUUCCUCCUGUUACUAUGGUAACACACAGAUACAUAGAGAAUGAUGCAGAUAUCGCUUCUGAGCCUCUGAGGGAGGCGAAUCGGAUGAUAUUUUUGCUCUGAUUUUGUUAGCUGCAGCAGGCACUGGACAUUGGUUAAAAAAGCAUUCGUCAUGUAUCACCUAUUGCUGCUGGUCAUGGAAAGAUUCCUUGACAGUUUUCAGUUCGUGUGUCUUGCAAGCUGAAAUCUUUAGGAUGUCGGAAGUGGCCAUCUAUGUAGUCAUUGCCAUCAUUAUUGUUAUCAAUGCCAUUGGGAACAUGUUAAUCAUCUUCACUUACCAGAGAGAAUCCAUCUUAAGAGUGCCUGCAAACACUUAUAUCGUGAGUCUUGCAUGUGCGGACCUCUUUUACGUGGUCUUGGCUCCAUUGUGUCUUAUAGUCUCAACAACCAUGGACAUCAGCCAGAACACUACAUGCCUUUGGAGUCUUACCCUUCUCAUGAUAAACUUUCCUGUCUCUAUUUUCCACCUUCUUCUGAUAGCUGUCGAUCGUUACACAGCUGUGACCAAACCCCUGAGGUACUUUGUGAUCAUGUCGGAAUUAAGAGUGAAUGUCUAUCUCUUCCUAGCUUGGUUCUUUGGGUUGCUGAUUGGUCUCCUGCCGCAGUUUGGAUGGCACAAUACAAUGGACACCCCUUUACCAGUCUGCAGCUAUCUUUUCAUCCUGCCUCAAGAGUAUUUCAUCUUCCUCUUCACAUGCUGCUUCAUUGUUCCUCUCCUCAUCAUGGUCUUCCUCUACUUUGUCAUGUUUAGAGAGGCGAGACGGCAGACCCGUCGUGUGGCGCAGCUAGAGAUAGCCGUUCUCUUCAAGAACGGUGUGCGACGGAAACCUCGCCUGAUGAAAGACAUCAAGGCCACCAUCACAGUUGGCCUUAUCCUAGGCAGCUUCAUCCUGUGUUUUUUACCUACCUGUUUAGCCUACUUUACCUACAUAGCAAACACAAACUUGGGAAACUCUGGUGUAUUCCUCAGUCUGUCUAGUGCUUGUAAUAUAACAUUGGCCCUCAGUACAGCCGUAAAUCCGUUCAUCUAUGCAUACAAGAGUCAGAGGUUCCGUCAGAGGGCCUCUGUCAUUAUCCUUCGCACGCAUAAUCUCCUAAAGAUUCUAUUUGGAUGUCACGUAUAAUGGAAGAAUAUCUAUACCAUGGAAGUGUAUCAUUUGCUAGAAUAGUCUUCCAAUGUAGCUGAUGAUUCUCAGAACUUCCACUCUUGGAGUAUUUUUGCAUAUGAGGAACUAUACUAAAGCCAAAGCCAAAUCAUGUAUGAAUUAAACAGGUAUGUUCAAGUGUGUGAUUCUUACAGGAUAGAUCUGCCUUGUGUUGCAAUUAUAAGUUAUUUGUGUAAGGUUAUUUGAAUCUGUACUAACAAUGCUGUCCAUGUGAAGGUCAUUGGCGUACCUUUUCACCAGUGAUUGUUUUCAGCAUUUAUGGUCUGAUUAGAGGGCCAACAGUUUGCUAUGUACAGUAAAACUUGUUUCAAUUGCUUUUUUUUGUAAGUGAGGACAUAUGUUUGACAUUGCAGGGUGCUACAUAACUUUUUUGAAGCACUUGCCCAGUCGGGCAAGUAAAUUUUUAUAGUUAGAAAAUACUUGCCCGAAUAUAGAUUUCACUUGCCCGAAAAAAUCCUUCAAAACAAAGUUUUAUUGCUUUAAAACAAGUUAUAGGCUUACUGUUUUACAUACCAUACCAUUGAUGGCUUUAAUAUAUUUUUCAACAUGACUACUGAUGUACAUGUACCUUGUAUUUCUUUUUUUAAUGAUUUUUAUCUUGUACAUCAUGACAAAAUAUAUGGUCCAUAUGCUCUUUAAUCUAUUUCCUAAUCUCAUAUAUUUUGGAAGGGACUAGGACGCGCAAUAAAAAAGGGGAAUUCACUGAAAAUAACCAGAGAAAAAAAAAAAUUAAGAGAGGGGGAGAGAAUGAAAAAAAAAAAAAGACAGAAAGGAGGAAGAAAUAAAGGAAGGAAGAAAGAAAAAAAAAAGAAGAAAGAAAGAAAGAGAGAGAGAAUGGCUGCGGGGAAGAGAAAGAAAGAAAGAAAGAAGGGAAAGAAGGAAGGAAAGAAAAAAGAAAGAAAGAAAAAAAACUGAGGGGAAGAGAAAGAAAGGAAAGAAAGGAACGAAUAAAGAAAGAAAAAGGGUAAAAGGAAAGAAAGGAAAAGGUAAAGGAUGGAUGGAAGGAAGAGAAAGGGAAAGAAAGAAAACAAGAGAAAGGAAAGAAAAAAGAAAGGAAGAAAGAAAAGGUAAAAGGAUAGAUUGAAGGAAGGAAAAAAAGAAAGAAAAGAAAGAUAGAUAGAAUGAAAGACAGAAAGAAAUGAAGGAAGGAAUGAAGGAAAGAGAUGAAGGAAGGCAGAAAGAAAAAAAAAUAAGGAAGAAAGAAAAGGAUGGAUGGAAAAUAAAAGAAAGAUCAAAAGAACGAAAGACAGAAAUAAAGAAAAUCAGGAAGAAAGAAAAUGAAAGGAAAAAAUAGAGAAAAAAACUGAGGGGAAGAGAAAGAAAGGAAAGAAAGAAAGGAACAAAUAAAAAAAGAAAAAAGGUAAAAGGAAAGAAAGGAAGAAAAGGUAAAGGAUGGAUGGAAGGAAGGAAAAGGGAAAGAAAAAAACGAGAGAAAGGAACUUGAGAAUGAAAAGCAGAGCUUCCAAGUCUCCCGGAUCCUGCGGGAGAAUACUGGAUUGCGAUCCAAUCUCCCGUUUUCCCGACCCCAUGCCAAAAUCUCCCGGAUAAUCAGGAUUUUUAGCUGUUAAAUUAUAAAAUUCAUACAAACGACUGUUUAACAAGUCUAGCAUGUUCAACUUCCUAGCUUAUACGGCAGCUUAUAUGAUACGCGCCGUAUAAGCUAAAACAACAACAACAACUAACACCCACGUGGAACCUCCUUAUCACAUUUUCAUUUUACCCAGUAAAUUCUACCAGUUUUUGUAUAAUCGUACAUUGAUUUCCCAUGUAAAUUAAGAUAAUUUUACUGAACGACUGGUGAAGUAGUCUAACAAGCCAUUUUAUUUCCAGGUUCUGCAAUGUGUGUGAUGAAAACUCUUCAGCGGUACUCCAUGCACAUGGCCCCCGAUGCGCCCUGGAGUGGCUCCAGCCGGCCGCGCUGCGCCAGGAAGCUCCGAGAAGGAAAGUUCACGAGCACUGCGAGGCAUUUUUCGUAAGCUUGCUUGCGCCUUAUUCGAGCUGAAACUGUGGAUCAACGAUGGGAUUAACAAGUGGAUUACUUUUACACCUCGACUUUCAGUUUCAGGAAUAAUUUAAUUGACAAUCCUGAAGAAUUAGAAGCAAAGUGGAGAUUUUUUCGCCUACUUUCACUUGGGUUGAUCGGAUUCGAACAUUUUCUCUUUCGUGAGUGAGCUAGCCUGGCGCUGGCUGGCUGAGCUGUGCGAAGCACGCCCCGUUAGUCCGGGGGCAGGGGGAGUUUAUUCAGCUGAUCGGGUACAUAAGGUUUGAUGGUCCCAACAUGUUGGCAUGAUAUCAGUGGUCAAGAAAAUGUGUUGCUGCCGGGUCAUAUCCUGUACGGAAGGCCCAGAGGACCCCAUUUUUGUCGGCCAUCUUUGAUUUUUCAUGAAAAUCAAUUAUUUUCAUAUUUUUGCACAAACAAUGGAAAAAUAUUAAAUGAAUACGCAUUUCACAAUGAUUUAGACAGUAGAAAUCGAUUGCAAUCAUUUUUUGGACAGUCCGGUUAAAGGGGAAGUUCACCCUGAAGAAAACUUUGUUGUAAAAAUAGCAGAAAAAAUAGUAAAAAAUAUUGGUGAAGGUUUGACGAAAAUCCGUUAAAGAGUAAGAAAGUUAUUAGAGUUCAAAGUUUUGGAUUUGUGACGUCAUAAACGAGCAGCUGCCCCAUGUGUUAUGUAAUAUAAAAUGCAUGAAUUUUGAAUUUUGUAUGGUUCCUGAUGACUUAAUUUUUUUUCUAUUCAUGAUCGGGUGUGAAAUGAUUUGUCUAUUGAUAUACAAAAGGUACAGUGAAAACCAUUUUCAAUUUUCUGAGAAAAUGACAUUUCAUUGAUUUUUUACCAUUCGCUAUGUAGGAAUGCUGCUCGCACAUGACGUCACAAAUCAAAUAAUUGAAAUUCUAAUAACUUUUUAAUUAUUUGAUGAAUUUUUCUCAAACCUUCGGCAAUAUUUUUGAUUAUUUUUUCUGCUAUUUUUACAAUAAACUUUUUG